AUGGAAGUCGGAAAACUAGUAGCUGUUAUUGGAGACGAGGAUACCGUCACUGGAUUUUUGUUGGCCGGUGUUGGACACCGAACCGCCCAAGGUUCCAAUUUUUUGGUAGUCAAGGGCGACACCAAAUUGCAACAGGUGGAAGAGGCCUUCAAGGCUUUCACAACAAGAGACGACGUCGGCAUCAUCUUGAUUAAUCAGCAUGUUGCCAAUGAUAUUCGACAUGUCUUGAAGGAUUACAAUGCCACCAUUCCUACCGUGUUGGAAAUCCCAUCGAAAGAGCACCCUUACGAUCCCGAACAAGAUUACAUUAUGCAACGUGUCAAUAUGUUUUUGGGAGGAGGUACCUAA